AUGAGCGCCAUAGUGCCUGCUGCGCACGCGCGUGAGGACAUGGGCGGCUGCGCGCCGUGCCGCGUAUCCUCUUUUCACCCCUGCGAAGGGGAUGGGGCGGAGGAGAAGGAGUGUAACGCGUCAUCGGGCGCAGACGCCGCCGCCGCCGCCGAACCUUUGGAUCCUCUUCGCUGCUUCAGCGCUUUCGAUGUACUGCGCGAUGUCCUUGCCGCCUGCACAUGUGCGCCAGCCCUCUCUCGCUCGACAGAAAAAGGUGCUGACUCCCCCUCGCUACUCCCAGGCGCCCCUCUGCCGUCAGCGUGGAGGACGGAGCAAACGCGGGAGGCGUUGAGGACGUUGGUGGACCUUGUCGCGGCCGACGUUGGCGUUUCGAGCGCACGACACGGGCAAGGCGAAGCACCAGAGGAGGCGGAGAUCGCCAGGUCGCGACUCAGUGUGGACGCACUGCUUUUGCACCUCACAACGGAGGGGCCAAAUCUACGGGCAGCCCUGCGCCGUCGUCGUCGUCAACUCCUGCCGAUGCCUCCGCGCGAUGAUGCGACAACCCAAUCAGAGCGAGAGGCGUGUGAUGAGGCGCACGCCGCUUGUGAAGAGGAUGAGGCCUUGGCAGCUCUCACUCGCUGCGCGGCCAGCGUUGCACUGAUCAAUCGCGACCUAGGGAGCAGUGCGCGGAAGGGCAGGAAAGCGGUGCAGACGGCUGCUAGCUGUGUGCUACAGACGCGCACGGCUCUCUCUCUUCUUCGAACCAGCUCGCUUGUCCACCAGCCUCUGCGCGCAGGGGCUGGCCACGCGGCAGCGUCUCGAUCCGCCAUCGCAGCAGCUGAUGUGUCCGCGUACUGGUGCUCGACCGGCUGCAUGGGCCUUGAUCAGGCACUAGGUGGUGGGGGCUUCCGCAGUGGUUGGGUCACCGAGGUGUACGGCGAGGCUGGGGCAGGUAAGACGCAGCUGGGGCUUCAGUGCCUCCUGCAGCAGGCUGCUACGGAUGUUUGCCACGCAGCCGUAGCCCUGGCGCUAGCCAGCGGCGCAGACUUCACGUCUCUUGCUCACAUGGCGACGACAACGGGAAUGUGCGGCUCCAGAAGCCCUGUUGUGAAGUGCAUGGAAGUUUUUGACCGCGACGCUGUCGAGGCGGCGCGCUGUGCUGUGGUGUACCUGGUUUCCGAGGACGUGCCAACCUCCCGGCUGGGGCCGCUGGCCGCCGCAGCUGUAGGGCGGGCUGUUCGCGCUGUGCGGCUUCACCCACUCGUCAAUCAGCUGCCGUCUGGUGUUGUGAAGACAGUGUGGGGCUGCGUUGAGCGCACAUGCACCGUGCCGACGGUGUUGUCCCGUCUGCAGAUUCGCCACGUCGCAUCAGUGGCGGAGGUGCUGCGGCUGUUAGAGCCUCUCCCGCAUCCACAGCUUGCCCAGGUCUCAAGGACUAGCUCUCCACCCAACGUUAUCCCCAACAGGGCCCAGAGACCGCGCAACAGCAACUUGGUUGAGGCCGUGCGUGUCCUGGCCGGCACUCACGGCCGUGCCGUGGUGGUGCUGGACUCCGUCGCGGCUGCAGUGGUGGCGGGGCAGUGGGACAUGCAAGGUGUGGCGCAGGCCGACGCGACCGUGACAGCCCUCAGUUUGCGGCUUCGGCAAGCUGCCAUGACACACAACUGGUGCAUUGUCGUGACGAACCAGGUGCGCGCGAUUCCAACGACUGCCCGUCAACGUCAGUGCGCGCUGGCGCCGAUCAAACGUGCUCGUUCGCCCACGACCUCCUCUACGGCAUCAGCACCCUCAGUGACUCGCACUGUCGUACCCGCACUUGGCUUCUCCUGGGCCUCCGCGGCACACUGUCGCGUGUUUUUGCGCAAGUCCCUUUCGCACGGUGUGCGCCAGCUUGUGCUGCGCCACGCUCCCUCGCAUCCACCUGCGCAAGCGAGCUACUUGAUUACAGAGCACGGCAUCGAGGAUGCAUGA